GUGUCACAGUCAUAUCAGUCCGCUGACAACAACAACACAUGUGAGUGAAGCUGUGGAGUCUCCGCGAUGUUCUCCGGUUUAAAAGAUAAAGUCGGGGAGGUUUUGUUACCGGGAGAUGAAUUCUCCUUGGAGACCGACGACACCAUCUCUCUGACGGAGCGCGUGAAGCCGGAGAAGGUCGUGUGUGGCCCGGGUCUGAGGCGGAGCGGAGACCGGCUGCUGGUGUGUAAAAGCGGCGUGCUGCGACACAAACAGCCCAACAUGUUCUGGAUGGAUUCCCAGCAGAGGAGGUAUGUCCCCGCUAAAGGAGAGACCGUCAUCGGCAUCGUGACGGUUAAAUCUGGAGACGUCUUCAAGGUGGACUUUGGAGGAAGUGAGCAGGCGUCUCUGUCCUACCUGGCGUUUGAGGGCGCCACCAAGAGGAACCGACCCAACGUCCAGGUGGGUGACCUGGUGUUCUCCCAGUUCGUCGUAGCCAAUCGGGACAUGGAGCCGGAGCUGGUGUGUGUGGACAGUUCAGGACGAGCCAAUGGGAUGGGAGUGUUUGGAGGUGGAGGGCUGCUCUUCACCGUCUCUCUGGGACUGGCCAGGAGGCUGCUGUCCCCCCACAGCGACGUCCUGUCCGACCUGCAGACCCUGUUCCCCUGCGAGCUGGUGGUCGGGAUGAACGGCCGUCUGUGGGUCAAGUCGUCCAGCGUUCAGCAGACGCUCGUCAUCGCCAACCUGCUGCAGAGCUGUGACACCAUGACGGCCCCCCAGAGACAGGAGCUGUUCAGGAGGGCUGCACAGGGGGCGCUAUAACACCAUGACGGUCCCUCAGAGACAGGCGCUGUUCAGGAGGGGGUACAGGGGGCGCUAUAACACCAUGACGGUCCCUCAGAGACAGGCGCUGUUCAUGGGGGGGAUUCAGGGGACGCUGUAGAGCCGGGACUGUAAAAGUGAAGCAGAAACAUCUGGAUUCUAUCGCUGAUGUUUGUUUCAGUUUAUUUUUCUGAUCAUUUUGGUUCUUUGAAGUUAUGUGAUGCUAUAAAAACGGGCUGAAGCCUCAUGAUUGGUCGGGCCGGUGUAUGGGCGGGACUUGGAUACCGCCGCAAAAUAUUUCAACUUUUUUUCUAGAAUUUUCUGACCUUUUUGUCUCGUAAUAAUCUGACCAUUUUUGUGUGCAAAUAUUCCAACUUUUAAAAAAAAAUUAAAUAU